AUGGCACAGGAGGAAAUGGAACUGGACAUGGAGCUGCUGCCCAGCUUGACCAUCAUGGAUGGCAACAUCCUGAGAAGAUCUAGCAGCGCCCCUUCUAUCAAUAGUUUUAGAUCCAAGUAA